AUGGCCGUUUUAGCGGUUGUUGCGAGCGUUUGGGUGUUUGCGUUACCACCAGGUACAACGGAAGAAAUCAGUCAGCGAAUUGAUCCUUUUGGCAGUGUCAGUCGCGUCGGUGACGCCGGCGGUGCGCCGGUCAGCAGCGCUUCAGCAGAGCCGCUUUCUGGUCAGCAGGUGUAUGACCAGUUCUGUUUUGCCUGCCAUGCCGGCGGCAUUGGUGGUGCACCUACUUUUGGUGAUACUGCGCAAUGGGCAGAACGGGUGGAUCAAGGGAUGGACGUGCUGAUGGACCACACCAUUAACGGCAUCCGCACCAUGCCGGCAAAAGGUACCUGCAUGAAUUGUUCAGACGACGAACUCAAUGCAGCGGUCACCUACAUUCUGGAUAACCUGCCUUAG